CUAUGUGUUUGUAUAUGUACGCAAAAUUGAAACAAAAUGAAGAGUUAGGUGUGAGAUUGACCAUGUAAGCACGCGUCGUUCCUUCUUCAUAACGCAUCCUAAUCUUUUCCAAUAUAAAACCCCCAGAUUCUCAUUCAUUUCUCUCUCAGCUUACAGGAAAACUGCAAGCUUUAAAUUCAUUUCAUUUUAGUCCUUGUGUAAAUUAUAUAUUUAAUUCAAUUAGAUCCCUGAAAGUAUAAAUCAUGCAAUCCCUCAAUCCUCCGUGGGGUAGUAUUGACAAGUCUAUAGUCCGGAUAGCGGCGCCACCGGGUCGUGGAUUGGUCCACCACCGGUCCAGCCCCAGUCGACUCUCCGUCAAAUGCGUCGACUCAGCCAAUGCUGGCGGAACUCCUCACGAAUGGCAGAGCUGCUGCGCCAUCCUGGCCAGUAAAGUUACAUCCCUGCAACAGGAUAGUAAGAAUCAUUACACAGGAGUUGCCGGAGUUGCCUCCGUGAAUGACGACAAGACUCUGGAACUCGUUCCUGUAAAUGGAGCUAGAGCUGGAGCUAAAUCUUCCUUGGCUCUUCCCAAGCCGCUGAGCUUAGCCAACUUCUCAGCGACGCCGGUGCACGGCUCGCAGCUCCGGGUUGCGUACCGGGGCGUUCCGGGUGCUUACAGCGAAACCGCCGCCGGAAAGGCGUAUCCCAAAUGCGAAGCCAUACCAUGUGACCAAUUCGAAAUCGCUUUCCAAGCGGUGGAGCAUUAUAUCGCCGAUAGAGCCGUGAUUCCGGUGGAGAAUUCACACGGCGGCUCUAUUCACCGGAAUUACGACCUCCUCCUUCGCCACCGUCUCCCCAUAGUCGGCGAGGUUCAGCUCCCCGUUCACCACUGCCUCGUCGCACUCCCUGGCGUCCGAAUCGAACACCUCACUCGAAUCAUAAGCCACCCACAAGCGCUCUCCCAGUGCGAAAAUACACUCACUAAAUUAGGCCUCAAAGCCGCCCGUGAAGCAUUUGAAGACACCGCCGGAGCGGCGGAGUACAUAGCCACCAACAACCUCCGUGACACAGCGGCAAUCGCCUCUUCACGCGCCGCUGAAUUAUACGGCCUCCAGAUCCUGGCUAACGGAAUCCAAGACGAUUCAAGUAAUUUCACGAGAUUCGUAGUCCUAUCACGAGAACCCAUAAUUCCUCGCUCAGAUCGGCCAUUCAAAACAAGCAUCGCGUUCGCACAGGAAAAGGGUACGAACACUCUGUUCAAGGUUCUAUCCUCCUUCGCUUUUCGCAAUAUCAAUCUGAUGAAAAUAGAAUCGAGGCCGCACCGGUAUCUGCCAGUCAAGGUGGCGGACGGCGGCGCCAAGCACUUUGAGUACAUGUUCUAUGUAGAUUUUGAGGCAUCAAUGGCGGAGGAGAGGGCGCAAAACGCCAUGGCUGAAGUUCAAGAGUUCACGUAUUUCUUGAGAGUUCUAGGGAGUUAUCCCAUGGAUAUGACUCCAUGGAAACCUGCCAAUGCCAUAGAAGAAUCAUAAAAACUUCACAGAAAAUAGAUACUGCAAUGAUUUGAAUUGUAUCAUAAUUUCUAUUUCUGUUUCGUUUGAGUAAUUAUUUCUUGACGGAACGGCUCGAAUGAUGGUUAAAUAUGUAGUUGAUAACCUUGAAAUUUGUGGCAAAUUAGAUGUAACUUGUGAGGAAUGAUUUUCCAAUUUCAUAAUAAAUUUUUCAUUUUUCAUUUUUCA